UAGGAACGUAUUCCAAGUCUAUGUCGUAGUGUGGUAGGCCAAAAAGAACAAACUACACCUCACAUAUUCAAUCAUGGUCCAGAAUCUCGUUUACCCGAAAAAGAAGCAGAAUACAGUCAAUCGCUAUGACAGUAGAGGCACAUAUGAUUUGCAUACAAUCCACCAAAUCAUCAAUUCUACACCAGUCCUCCAUGUCUCAUUCACACCCAGCCCAGAGGAUCCGUUUCCCGCGAUUCUGCCAAUGAUCGGAGUCAUGGGUUCAUUCGAAUAUCCGUCCGCGGACCUGAAUGAGCCACUGGACUGUUACUUGCACGGCUAUGUCAGCUCAAGAAUCAUGCGCUUAGCACGAGGUUCCUCAAAGAGCAUACCAGUGUGCAUUGCGGCGACGAAAGUGGACGGCUUGGUACUCUCAUUGACACCCAACUCCCACAGCUACAAUUACCGAUCCGCUGUCUUGCAGGGUUAUGCCCAAGUGGUCGAGACAGACCAGGAGAAGUUGUACGCGAUGCAGAAGAUCACGAACAAGGUCGUCCAAGGGCGGUGGGAAAACACUCGGAUCCCACCCGACAAUGUCGAAAUGACAUCCACCACCAUUCUGCGAGUCAAGAUCGAGACUGGCAGUGGCAAAGUUCGGCAAGGAGGACCCCACGAUGAAGCCAAAGAUGAGAGCAGGGCCGACAUCACGGACAAGGUAUGGACCGGGGUUGUUCCAGUGUACGAGACGUUCGACAGCCCCAUACCAAGCGCAACAAACAAGGUCGAACCCAUACCCGAGUAUAUCCAGAAGUAUGUCCAGACCACGACUGCCGAGAAUCGACAGAUCGCUCAUAACGCCGUAAAGGAGCCGUGACUGAGGGUGUGCACGUGAGGGAGCUGAUUCAAGUUCAAGUUUAUAGCAAUGUACUAUCGUACCCUUUUGUUGUUCAUAUUGUCAUAGCCUUCGUUGCACGUUUUCGGAAUUGGAUGGGUGGAUCUGACUGUGUUUCCGAUAAAGUCGCUUGUACCUCAGACCCUUCUUUUCGACGGUGUGCAAUACACGAAC